AUGAUUUUUAUAGUGAUAAAACUAUUUUUUGUGUUUAACAUAUUUCAACUAAUAGUGGCUACUAAUAGUGAGAGUGGUUUAUUGAAAUAUAAAACCAGCAUAGACAAAAUAGGCACGGACGUCGAGAAUUUUAUUUAUGACAUUGCAAAAGAAGUUGCUAAAAAAGCUGAUUCCUUCAUUAAUAACGAAUACGAUGAAUUAACAGAAGAAAAUCCAACAGUCGAAAAUAACAUAAUAAAGGAAGAAGCUACAACAUCAGCUACUGUUAAUGUUAUAGAAGAUUACACAGAAGAAGAAAGGAUAAAACGUUCGAUAGAUGAUAUUCAAUCAGAAGGUAGUAUUAUAGCGGCUGGGGAAAAACCUGAAGUUCAUCAGGAAUCAAAUGUCGUAGAUCACAGCGUAGAUGGCCUAAAACAAGAAUUAAAAAAAUUAACCGAUCUGACAGUUAUGUUAAAGGAACAGCAGAAUAUUUUAGCUUUGCUUGGAGAAAAAGGGAAGUUUUUAAAUGAUAAUCUACAAUCCAAUCCUCAAGAUAUGAUUCAUCUGUUAGAACAAUUGGAAGACCAAAGAAGGAUUUUAAAACCUACCAAAGAAAACAGUAAGGAAUUAAAACAUUUGAAAGUCGAUAUACAAGAAGCAAUAGAGGCUUUAAAUAAAACUAGCAAAGGAAAAGAUAAUGAAAAGGAUAAGGAAUUAAAACUGGAAUUAGAAAUUAAACAACAAAAAGAAGAAAUUGAGAUGCUAAAAGAUUUGGUAGAACAAAUAUUGGAGAAACAAGAUAGUUUUGAAGAAGACAAAUCUAGUGAAGAAAAAAGAGAAUCUGAAGAUGAUAUCUUAGGUGUAUCCCUAUUUCUACAACCGUUAGGAAACAAAACACCCACCAGAGAAAGGGAGAGCAAUAUGAAAGAAAAUGUGGAGAAUAAAGACAGAGAACAAUUUUUUAACCAGAAAAAUCCGCCAGGGGAAAAUAAAGAUCAAGAGAAAACUAGAACGCAAACAACAAAUGUUGAUAACAAAGCAACCAAUGAAAAAAGUAACGUUAAAUCUAUUCCAUACGGUGACUCAAAAUUAUCCUUAACUAAAUCAAAUGAAAAAUCUACGCAUUACGAAGAACCCACCUUACCCUCAGGAAAAUCAGAAGCCAGAGCUAGAUCUUUUGAAAGUGAUGUUUCACAGUUUUUGGACGAAAUUGAUGGGAACAAAAAGCCCGAUUUGGAGGAACAGCUUAAAGAGUUGGAAGAGAAAUUUAUAAAACAAAGUAGAGAAGAAAAAAUCAAAAGAGAACUAGCACGACUACGUAAACUUUUAGGUAAAGGUAAUGAAGACGAAAACACUGGAUCAAAGCCACUGGCCCAAAAUGAAGAUCAAAUUGAAUUUUUAACAAGGUUAGAGAAGCUAAUGAAAUCACGAGCAACAGAUAUGUAA